AAAUGGUGAACAAAAAGAGCAGCGCUAAAAAGGCUCUUCGUACCAGAAAAGUGAAGAAAAGUGUGAAUAAGCUGAAAGCUGGGAACUGUGCAGGAGUUUUGGGCAAGAGUCGGUGUAAGAAAAGGGACGGUGCCGGUACGAGGAUGGCUGGUGUGCAGAAGGCGCCAGAUAAUGUUGCGAAAGUGUCCGAUGUACAGAAAAAGUGUGCCAAGGCGGGCGCAAUUGAUCCCGUGUUGCGUAGCAUCUCAAUGGACAAGCCACUUUCCAACAGAGAUAAAAUUGCGAUUCUGAAAAAUACCAGGAGUCUGUUUGCAAACAUAAACAGUGUUUGUGAUUGCGUUGAGCUGCUGUACGAUCCGCUGCUGCGGAGGUCUUUGCUAGCCAAGGUAGUUGAUUUUAUGGUGGAAACUGAUGUAAAUAUUGCAUCUGAGUACGAUUCUCUCUCUGACGAGGAAUGGAACGAAAUAGAGUCUAUGUAUCCUACACCAAUAAGCAACGAUAAAAAUAAAACGUUACGAGAACAAAUACAGACAUUCACCAACAUUUUUUUGAAGCUCGAUUGUUUCUUCAAGGAUGUAGGGAUUGUGGGAGUCUUUGAUAUUUUUGAGAAAUACGUGUUCACAUCUAAGACGAGGUAUGUGCAGUUUUUGAUAUACAAUAUGGAUCCAGAGGAUGUGCUUGUGUACUUUCUCUCGUCUUUGAAGAGGAAUCACGCGCUUUCUGGCCAUUAUAUCGCGUAUUUUUCGUCUUAUCUUGUACGGAGAAAGAUGGAAGAGAAUCUGAUAGCAAAGGCCAUCUCGUGCUUUUUCAAAUAUUUUAAGGAUCUGAAAAGCCGAUUCCUGUAUUUAAAUGCUGCUCAGUACUUUCUAUACAUACUCUGCUUUAAGCAGACAUACGCGAAUACAUACGAAACUUUCAUCAAUACGCUGUUCAAAAACGAUGUGAUGUACCUGAACAGGAAUAUCGUGAACGUGUUUUGUAAUAUUCACAGUAGAAAAGGAGUGAGCGGUUUUAUUGAGAGUGAUAUCAGUAGAAUAGAUCUCUUCUACUUCGAUCCGCCCAACAUUUCCAGGAUAAUGAAAGUCUAUGAAAGCAAUUUUUUAACCUUUGAUAAAAGUAAAAUUUAA